AUGCGGGCGGCGCUGGCAGCGUGGCUGGUGCUGAGCCUGCUGGGGAGCUCAGGGACCCAGGGCAUGUGCGGGGACCCCCCCGCAGCCCAGUCCCACUCCAUCCCCGCGCCCCAGCUGAGCCCCGAGGAGCGGCUCUCGCCCCACAUGCCCCAAUCCCUGCGCUGCGACGCCUGCCAUGCCAUCGCCUUCCAGAUCGAGGAGCAGCUGAGCAAGGCAGAAGGGAAGGUGGGCAAGAAGGCUCUGAAGGAGUCGGACUACAUAGAGGUGCUGGAGAGGAGCUGCUCACAGGACUGGGAGAGUUACGGCGUGCUGGAGCUGGAUGGGGAGAAGCGGCUGUCGGGCCCGGGGCUGCCGAGCCAGCAUCCCCUGAGCGUGCUGGUGUCGGGGGGACCUUGGCCGGCCAGGCUCUCCAAGCUGUGCCACGGCUACGUGGGCGAGCAGGGCGAGGCUCAGAUCUACGGAGCGCACCGGCGGGGCCCGGGCGCGCUGCGACAGCUGCUGUGCCACGGGGACAAGGGACCUUGCGGCGGCCAAAAGGAGCGCCCCGACACUCCCAAGGCGCCGCAGAACGAGCUCUAG